AGUUGUUUUGAAACCAGUACUUUUACACUUUUACUUAAAGGGUAAAAAGCUUGAGUUGAUACUUCAACUUCUACAGAAGUGUUUUAAACCCUAUUAUCUAUACCUCUACCUGAGUAAUAAAUGGAGAUACUUAUCACGCCUUUGGUUGGAAACCUUGCACAGAAAUGCUAAAAAACAUGCAGUGAAAUUGGUGGCUCAUUAGUUGUAACUCAAAUGUACAGUUGGAUUUGGCUAGAUUCUGUGUGUUGCACUAAAAGAAUGACCACACAGGGUCUCCCUUCUGGCUGGACCAGAGAGACAAGGCAGAGGAAACGGGGGAAGACAGCAGGAAAAGUGGACACCUACAUCAUCAGUCCUGAAGGCAGACGCUUUCGAUCCAAGUCGCAGCUCCAGAACUACCUGCAGUCAGAUGAAUGUGCUGAUUCUCACCUAGAGCUGGAGAUGUUUGACUUUACUUCACCCAAACACUACAGUGAAGCAGCUCAGCAGCAGGAAAGUAAAGCAGGAAGGCAGAGAAGUUUAAAACAGAAAAAGAAACCUGUGGAUAGCCCUAAUCCAGAACCGCAGGAUGGAGUAGUGACAGAAAAUGGAAGAAUCAAAACGGAAAAGAAAAGGAGGAACCAGACAAAACGGCAUGAAGAAAACGGACUCGGAGAGGAAACGGAAAACAGAAAUAUUAAAACGGAGGAUGAGUUACCCAGCGUGUCUUCAGCACCAGCACUAACAGUACAGCCUGCCUCAGAGAGUGAAGGAGAGAAUGUAGAAGAGCUGGAGAGAAAGGAGAGAGAUGCAGUAAAAGAAGAACAGAUGAGUAACGAGGCCACAGGGGGGAGCUACUCGCCUGCCAGAAACACAAACAGCGGGACAAAGUUGUUGGCAGAGAAGAGGAGAACCAGUCCUUACUUUACUAGAAAGAGUGAUGGUCUCAGUCCUCCAAGACGCAAAGCAUUAAGAAAGUGGACUCCACCACGUUCCCCUUUCAAUCUGGUCCAAGAAACCCUGUUUCAUGAUCCCUGGAAGCUUUUAGUCGCCACCAUCUUCCUCAACAAGACCAGUGGAAAGGCAGCAAUUCCAAUACUGUGGCAGUUUUUGGAGCGUUACCCAUCUGCUGAAGUUACCAGAGCCAGUGAAUGGGAACCGAUUGCUGAGUUACUGCAGCCUCUCGGUUUAAACACUCUUCGAGCCAAAGCACUCAUACGCUUCUCUGAUGAGUUUCUCACUAAAUCAUGGAGAUAUCCCAUUGAGUUGCAUGGAAUUGGAAAAUAUGGUAAUGACUCCUACCGGAUAUUUUGUUUGGGAGAAUGGAGAGAGGUCACUCCUGAAGACCACAAGCUGAACGACUAUCACACCUGGCUCUGGAAGAACCACCAGCAGUUAGGACUCUGACUUCAACUUCAACACUGAGACCCGACUGUUUCCUCUUUUUACACGUUUUAGCUUCUGAUCACAGUUCUUUGGUGAAGAAGACCUCAUUUCCUCUUCCAUUAUGGAUAAUAAAAGGAAAGGUAAAUGCAUUCAAAGGAAAAUGAA